AUGCGGGAGCUCGGCUACCAACGAGAGACGCCAAGGAUAUCAGAAUACAACUUUAGUGUCAAUACCUCGGAUCUAGUCUCGGCCAUAGGUCGUAUCGCAGAAGCAAGGUGGCCGAGACCAUUGAGAUCAGAUCCCAAUCAGCGAGAUCCAAACAUGAUAUGUGAAUACCACGGAACUCAUGGGCACAGAACAGAAGACUAUCGCCAAUUAAAAGAGGAGGUGGCCCGUUUACUAAAAAAUGGUCACCUUCGUGAAUUCCUGAGCGAGCGGGCAAAAGGUCACUACAAGGAAAAGAAGUCAAACAAACGGGUUGAACCGGUGGAACCUCAGCAUAUAAUCAACAUGAUAAUCGGGGGUAUGGAUGCGCCUCGGAGCCCGGUGAUGAAACGGACAAAGGUUUCCAUUGUACUCGAGAAGCGCAGCCGGGAUUACAUGCUCGAAGGUUCCAUCUCAUUCAGCAACGAGGAUGCAGAAGGUAGCUCAGCCAAUAUCAUCCGGUGGAGAGUGGUCGAACAACUGAGACUACUCGAUCAAAUUGUACCUGUGGCUCGAGUGCUCAGUGGGUUUAAUAUGGCGAGUGAAACCACGAAGGGGGAGAUAUCCUUACCGGUCAACAUUGACGGCACCAUUCAGCAGACGGUGUUCUAUGUAAUUGAAGGAGACAUGAAAUAUAAUGCUUUGCUCGGUAGGCCGUGGAUACACAGCAUGAGGGCUGUUCCAUCGACAUUAUAUCAGCUUCUGAAAUUCCCAACACUAGAGGUGGUAAAAACCAUCUGA